AUGACUAUUAACGAGGGAGUGCUAAAAGAACCUGAAUGGAGAAUCAAAGUAGAAGAUGGUGUUAUAUGGAAAACAGCUGAAACUCCUCACAUCAUGUGGACAUUUAUAGCAAGUCUCUAUUUCAAGCUAUGCGAAUUUAUGAAAAAAGCUUGGGAAAUUGGUGUGAAUGAUCCAAGAAAAUUCAUCCAUUGUUUAAAGGUGGGAAUAACACUUACAGUUGUUUCACUUUUCUACUAUCUAAACCCUUUGUAUGAUAGAGUUGGAGGAAAUGCUAUGUGGGCAGUCAUGACUGUGGUUGUAGUCUUUGAAUAUACUGCUGGUUCAACAAUAUAUAAAGGUAUAAAUAGAAUAUGUGGAACUACACUGGCUGGUCUUCUAGCCUUUGGUGUACAUUGGGUUUGUAGUAAAGCUGGAGAGAAAUUUGAACUUGUAACUGUUGGAGUCUUACUCUUUCUACUGGCUUCUGCGGCUACAUUUUCAAGAUUUAUUCCAAUCAUAAAGGCUCGUUUUGAUUAUGGUGUGAUGAUAUUCAUCUUAACUUUCAGUUUGGUUUCAAUAUCUGGUUAUAGAAUUGAUGAGUUGUUUGAUGUUGCAAAAGCAAGAAUUUCAACAAUAUUAAUCGGCACUUCAUCGUGCAUAAUCGUGAGUUUGAUUAUUCGACCGGUUUGGGCUGGUUUGGAUCUAUAUGUUUUAGUUAUCAGAAACUUCGACAAACUUGCCGAUUCUAUUCAAGGUUGUGUGGCUCAAUAUUUUGAAGAACAAACAAGUGAUGAGGAGUCUAACAAAAAAAUGAUAGGUUACAAAAGUGUAUUAAACUCCAAAGCAACAGAGGAAGCAAUGACUAAUUUUGCUAGAUGGGAACCUCCACAUGGAAGAUUCAAUUUUCGUCAUCCAUGGAAACAAUAUCUUAAAAUUGGAGCCACAAUGCGAAGAUGUGCUUCUUGUAUUGAAGCUCUGAAUGGAUGCAUAAACUCAGAAAAUAAGGCCUCAUAUGACAUCAAGAAAACUAUGAGUGCACCAUCUAUGAAAGUGGGUGCAAACACUGCAAGUGUCUUAAGAGAGUUAGCAAUUACAAUCAAAACUAUGACAAAGUCAAAUAAACUUGAUAUUCUUGUUAUAGAAAUGAGUAAUGCUUCACAAGAGCUUCAAAAUAUACUAAAAUCUUAUCCAAUUACACUUAAUAAAAAUGGAACAGAAGUAUCCUAUGAUGAAGGAAAAGUUGAAAUCCCAAUAAUGGAAAUUAUUCAAGUGGUCAGUGUGGUUGCUUUGUUUAAUGAAAUUGUAGUUCGUGUGAAAGACAUUGUGAAAUGUGUUGAAGAACUCUCAAAUUUGGCAAAAUUUGAACCAGCAGAAUUGUCCAAGUGUAACAAAUCUAAACAACAUUUGACUGAUAACAAGAUCUCUCCAGAACAACAAAAUGACGAGGAAACAAAAUGA